ACAGAACACAACCAAUGACCACUCCCACAAGCAAGAGGCUUCCAAUUAUCAAACCGACUUCAGUCACCAGCAAUCCUCAUCAAGACAUCCAUCAUGUCAUCACGUAUCAAACAUGACGAUAUCCUACUGCUCGAACAACCACUCCUCAAGGUCCCAACCGACGCAUUACGUUCCUCAUUACGCUCGACACAACGCGUGCUAGAGCGAGACUUUGACAGGCUAAAUACUAGUCUAAAGGAGGCCGCCGGAAGCUCAUCUCGUCCGAUUGAUGGCAAUGACCAUCAAGCAACGGUCGUCGAUGUGGAGAAAGGCAACGAGACUAUCAAAGUCAUCGACGGCCUCCUAUCGAAAGCAAGAGGCCUUAAACGCAAACUUGACGACACCUACAAUAAUCCUCGCACUGGAAUGGGUCCUUCACUCAGUCGAAUUAAAGCAAGAAUCGACCAUCUUCAAAAUUUAUAUUCCUCUGAAUAUUCCACAGACCUUGCGUACAAGAAGUUUUCUCAGACUAGAUUGGAUCGUCAUUUGGUCGAUUUCAUGCUUCGUUCUGGGCAUACCCAAUCCGCUCAAUCUUUAAGUAAAGUUGCUGGCAUCGAGAUGUUGACAGAUGCGCCUCUAUUUUCAGAAUUGGCUCGGAUCGAGAAAGCUUUAACUGAUCACAGCUGCACAGAGGCCCUAGCAUGGUGUAAAGAGAAUGCAGCAGCAUUGAAAAAGACUCAAUCCUCUUUAGAAUUUGAACUGCGUUAUCAGGAAUUUAUUGAACUGGUCAAAGCGAAGAAGUUCACCGAAGCAAUCAGUUAUAGCCAGAAACAAUUGGUUCCAUGGCAGAGCACACGUCUAGCUGAAAUCAGUCAAGUGAUGACCUUGUUAGCCUUCGAUCAACGAACGAGAUGCCCACCGUAUGCUCGCCUGUAUGAUGAAAGUCGCUGGGUAGACUUAUUAACCAGUUUCAGGUCCACACUCUUCGCCCUACUGUCUAUACCCGAGCAGCCGUUUCUGCAUCUGUCUCUCUCAGUGGGUUUGGCUUCGCUCAAGCUACCUGCAUGUUAUUCCGAUCCAAAGAAACCAGCAACAUCAACUACAGAAGACCUAGAAAUGACCCCGCCAUCGUUCCAGACCCGACUUCCAAACCCUGGUGAAUUCAUUGGUGCAUCUUCUGCGACUACCAGUCUGGGCAAUGCAGCUAUCACGACCAAUAGUCAUCUGGCACCACCGUCAAAUUACGAUCCAAGCUUAGUCCAAAGAAUGGAGAGUGAUCACAGACCUUCCGCUCAGAGGAAUCCGGAUUGUCCGACAUGUGAUCCCGCCGGACUGGGAGAAUUGGCGAAGGAAUGCCCCUGGUCGCACCAUGUUAACUCGAUCAUCGUCUGCGGCCUCACCGGCAAAGUGGUCAACGACGGCGACGGACUCGCCGUUCUGCCGAAUGGUAGGGUCUACUCCCGUGACGGAUUGGAACGUCUCGCUUGCAAGGACGAUGGCCGGGUUCGUUGUCCCAGGACCGGUCAAGUGUUUAAUAUCGAAGAAAUGCGUCGUGUAUUCAUUUCUUGAGAUCAAUCAGACUGCCAUCUUUUAUCAACAUAGUAUCAAUAUUUUUUGUUUUUGUAGUUUUACUUUGAUUAAUUAGAAACUGUCAAAUAUUCAAAGUCUCUCUUUACAAAUUAUUUAUAUUGAUUUGUAUACACAUGUGUUCAUCCAUCAUUAUCUUUCCACUUGAUUUUGUUUUCUCAUAGUUUUCUCUAAGUCUGGGUAGGUAUCAAAAAGAGUCAUUCAAUUCUGGUUUAUAGAACAUCAGUAGAAAAUCAUCUUUAUACAACUGUAAAUUCAUAUAAACCCUUGAUAUUGUAGUGCAGCUCUGCAAAGGUCGCC